UUCCCUUACAAGAACGCGCAAAAACGUCGAUACGAAUUCGAAGGCCUCCAUUGUUGCGACCUCCAUUCCUAUCCAGAGACCUGUAAAUUCUCCUGUUUCUCUCUUUAGAUCAGUGUUUGCUUCUUCUUUUAGAGCCAAAAAGUGAGUGUAAAUCUUUCUCUUUAUACAGAGACAGAUUUCUGAAUCUUUGUUCGUCGUUGUAUGUACUACUUGUUUUGUGAUCGGGAAGGAUGAGCGACGGGAAGAAAAGAGAUCAAAAUUUGGAAGUUCCAUUUCAUGUUGUUCAUAAGCUUCCUGCUGGUGAUAGUCCCUAUGUUCGAGCUAAACACGUCCAGCUUGUUCAGAAGAAUCCAGAAGCAGCAAUAGUUCUAUUUUGGAAGGCAAUAAAUGCAGGAGAUAGAGUAGAUAGUGCUCUAAAAGACAUGGCAGUUGUCAUGAAACAGCAAGACAGAGCAGAAGAAGCCAUUGAAGCCAUAAAUUCUUUCCGGGAUCGCUGCUCCAAACAAGCUCAGGAGUCAUUAGACAAUGUUCUCAUUGACUUGUAUAAGAAAUGUGGAAGAGUUGAGGAGCAGGUAGAUCUGUUGAAGCAGAAACUUCGGAUGAUUAAUCAAGGAGAGGCCUUCAAUGGAAAGCCCACAAAGACAGCUCGGUCUCACGGAAAGAAGUUUCAGGUCACCAUUAGGCAAGAGACUUCAAGGAUACUGGGGAACUUAGGAUGGGCAUAUAUGCAGCAAGAGAACCACAAAGCAGCAGAAGCUGUUUACCAAAAGGCACAAAUCAUAGAUCCAGAUGCAAACAAAGCUUGCAACUUGAGCUUGUGCUUGAUGAAGCAAUCUCGAUUUUCAGAAGCAAGAGCGGUACUUGAACAAGUGCUGCACAACAAAUUGGCAGGAUCCAACGACCAGAAAUCAAGAAAACGAGCUGAAGAAUUGAUGAAGGAAUUGGAAGAAUCCGAAUCGGCAAGCAAGUUGUUGAUGAUGGGUGGUGGAAGUGAAGAUGAUGGAUUCAUCAUCGAGGGACUUGAUCAGUUGGUGAUGAGCCAAUGGUCGCCGUUGAGAUCUAGAAGGCUUCCGAUUUUUGAAGAAAUUUCACAGUUUAGAGAUCAACUGGCUUGUUGACCGAUCAGAAUUUUAGAGUUUGAAGAAUUUUCUUUUUUUGUAUUUUGGUAUACGUGAGAGAUAGAUAGAGAACCAGAGAGGAGAGAAAGUGGAUGAUUGGUAAAGAUUGAAGAAGACUUGAGAGCAGGAUGACGAAAGGGGCUUGUCCUUUUUGUGUUGUAUAGUUGCUGGAGAGAGAGAGAGAGAGAGAGAGAGCCCGUUUUCCCUUUGUGCAAUGGUUUCAUAUAAUAAUGUACUACAUCAACAUCUACACAUUUCUCUUCAUAUUUUUAUUAAGUUUUAAGGUUGUUGA